UUAAGAUUAUGUUCCCCCACACUUGAUACCGUUAUCAGAGGAAAUAUUUUCCCCAUAAUUAUCCUAUUGAAUUCAUUUUGCAUUUCAAAUACCAGAACGUAAAAACAAUAUAACUGAAAGCCUUUACACUGUAUCACAAAAUGCGGUUUGAAGAAUGGAGAAAUGUGUCUCAAAUUAUUUUUUUUCCUCAUCUCACUUCACUGAUUCUUUCCCAGAUUUGGACCAUGGUUAAGUUUCUUCUGAUAAAUAAGUUCCACAUUUUCUUAAAUUGUACCAAUCCUUGGUUUCUUCAUCUCUUCCUUUUCUGCAUUUUGUUCUUAAGGCUGUUAGAAUUGGACCAGCCCCCUCCUUUCCCACCCCUUCAUCUGUUCCUGCUGACUAUUGGCAGUGAGACUCCUCUUGGCUUCCUCUCGUCCCAUUCAGUCAAUCAGCAGCGACAAACCCAGCUCUGCUGCACAUUGGAAAUUAAUGCUCUCUCCACAUCAGGGGUUCGCUAUGAAUGGCAACGCAGUAUUAUAUGUGCAACUGGUAUUUGUCAAAAACUAUAAGUGAAGGAACUGGACCGUUCUCUGGAGUGUUUGCCUCAGCCUUGAUCUUGCCGAUUUUAGUGGGGCGGGGGGGGGGGAAUUGGUAUUUGUUUUCUGCAGCUCUUGGCAGCUGCCAGUAAUCCUGCCCUCCGACCCGACCACACUCUUAUUCAGUGAGUGCGGAAAGCUCCCUUCAUGCGGAUAACGAAGAUGCUGUGGGGAGCAGUCUUCAUCGUAGGCUUGGCUCUGUGCAGUGGGCUACCGGUCAACAGCGGACUCCGCAACAUCACCGGCAAAAAUGCUAAACUGAUGCCAGUUGUUUGGGAAGAAGCGAAGAGUGACGCUGAAGCCAGGACAACUGAAUCCCAGAAACAGGACAGCAACCUAUCAGAGUUGCUAGGGGACUAUGACAAAGUGAAAGCCGUGUCUGAGGGCUCGGAUUGCCGCUGUAAGUGUGUACUUACACCCCUGGGCCGGGACGCUUGCCACCGGAUUCAGGAAGGCACCGCCAGGCCGGACGACUCGUACACAGUGGAAACUAUCAGCUCGGGACCACACUGUAAAUGUACCUGCCUCGCCCCACCCUCGGCUCUCGACUCCUGCGCUGGCCAAAUCAGAUUGCAGAAAUUCCAGGAAGCGGAAGGCAACAGUUUCAAGCUCUCCUCUGCAAUGGAAUUGUUGGAAGGUGCCAUCUUUGGAUUAGACCUCAUAAAGUUACAUUCCAUUACAACCAAGCUUAUCAAGCGCAUUGAAAAAUUGGAAGAGGUAUAUCCUAUGAAAACUUCCACGGAGGAUGUGCCAAUCACUGGUUAUAUCAAUGAAGUUCAGAAUAAGAUGGAGAAGAAGGAAAACUGCACUACUCCUCACAGAAACACAAAGGAAGAAACGAUCGACAUGAGCACAAACUUCCUGCAGAGAGAUGCUGCAGCCACCUACACACAGUCUGAGGAGAGGCACAUCCGAUUGUUAGCUGAAAUGUAUGACAAAGAGCCUAGCCAGAAAAGACAUAAUAAUAAAGACACCAUAUCACCUGCAUUAUCGCGCACAGAGAAGAAGCGGUUUGAGAGGAAACAGAAGCAGAAGCAGUCCCAAAGGCCAACUAUUUUACGAACAACAUACUACAAGGCAAAGCCUUCAGAGGAAGCAGGAGAUGAAGAGAUGGCAGAGGAUGAGCAAGCCAGCUCUGCGAGUGGUGAAGACGCAACUCUACUAUUUUUGGACGAUCAACUCAUUAAGCACAUGGAACAAGUGAUUAACAUUUCUCAGGCACCAAAUCCUGCAGUGGAACCAGUCACAAAGAUCAAUCCAGAGGCAGCAACAACAUCAAGACAACAGAUGAAUCUCUCUGCUGCUGCUAGUCCUAUUCCUAUCAUUGCUUUUGCAGGUCCUGAUAUGACUGCUAUCACUAGCAGUACUAACAUGACCAACUCUUCUGCAACCAUCCUAAGCAGACACACUGAAACACCCAUCCAAUCCAAUACCACUAGCCCUACAAGUGCAACCAACACCACUACUUCUGACACAUUUACCACCAAAACUCUUGCUUCUGGUCUCUCUAUGCCCUCCACAGCAAUCAGACCUUCCAACAACAUUCCAAAUUCCAUCAUGAUGAAUGCAAGUCAUACCUUAACUGUACAACCUUCUGCCAACACCACAGUGUCCCUUCAACCACCCAGCUCUGCUCCUGUGUCUAGUGCAGACAUCUCCACAAUUCCUAGCAGCGAGGUUCCUAUUGCCAUUCCCAUCAUUUCCAUUGUUGAUCCUUCGAGUACUGCAGCCCCCAUCAGCACUGCAACCACAACCUCGAGCCCCCCACCUACUUCAGCCAUCACAACUGUUGCUGCUGCCCUCAUUACUACAGCAGCCACUACAAGCACUGCACCUCCAACAACAGCUACAACUGUGAGCACCACACUCCGCUCUACUACGAGCACCACAGCCCCCACCACUACAAGCACCACAGCCCCCACUACAAGCACCACAGCCACCACCACUAUGAGCACCACAGUCCCCACCACAACCACGAGCACCACAGCCUCCACCACCAUGAGCACCACAGUCCCCACCACCACAAGCACCACAGUCCCCACUACCACAGUCCCCACCACAAGCACCACAUUCCCCACCACAAGUACCACAGCCCCCACCACCAUGAGCACCACAGUCCCUACUACCACAACAGCCACUAUACCCACCACCGAUGUUCCCACCACUGAGCCUCUGACUACUGCAGUCACCACCACAACCAAUGUACCCACAACCACCAAACCCACAACAACCACUGUGCUUACCACAACCACCAUACCCACCACAUCUCCAAUCACUACGAUUGUUAGCACAACCACCACUCAAAGGGCAACCACAACGACGACUACACGUUCUCCAAAAUCCAGAAUAACUUCUUUUGCCAGAAGGAGGUCGCAGGUAGAGGUCACACGGAGGCAGCGUGUGAGCCACAAGCCAAAUAAUAGCUACAAAAGUUUUGCAGAGUGUAAGGAAACCUUAUCAACUAUUUCUGGACCGAAGACAAAACACAUUUAUGGGAGAAAAGAAGGUGCUUGGAUGAAAGAUCCAUUAGCAAAGGGAGUUAAAAUCUACAUCACCAACUACUAUUAUGGCAAUACGCUGGUGGAGUUCCGCAACAUGGAAUAUUUCAAACAAGGUCGCUGGAGUAACUCUUACAAACUUCCAUACAAUUGGAUUGGCACAGGCCAUGUGGUGUAUGGUGGGGCUUUCUACUACAAUAGAGCUUUCACUCGCAAUAUUAUCAAAUAUGACCUGAAGCAAAGGUAUGUGGCUGCCUGGACCCUGCUUCAUGAUGCAGUGUAUGAUGAAGCCACACCCUGGAGGUGGAGGGGUCACUCUGACAUAGACUUUGCCAUUGAUGAGAAUGGUUUAUGGGUGAUUUACCCAGCCAUUGAUGAUGUGGGCUCCUUGCAAGAGGUCAUUAUCAUCAGUAGGCUCAACACUGUUGACCUGUCCAUCCAGAAAGAGACGACCUGGAGGACCGGCUUGAGGAAGAACUAUUACGGCAACUGCUUUAUUGUCUGUGGUGUGCUGUAUGCAGUGGACAGCUACAACAAUAAGCAUGCUAACAUUUCAUAUGCUUUUGACACCCAUACAAACACACAAAUCAAUCCAAGGCUGCCAUUUACCAAUGAGUACUCUUAUACUACCCAGAUUGACUACAACCCCAGAGAGCGUAUCCUGUAUGCAUGGGACAAUGGCCAUCAAGUCACAUAUGGUAUCACAUUCGCCUAUUAGGAUGGAAAACACAGACGUUAACAAAGUGCUUCGAGCACUGGUCUUUGUAAAAAAAAUUAUAAAAAGGGGAAAUGAUGUUCUUAUAUUCAUUCACAGAUUGUAGAUCGAUCUGUUUUGUGUUAAUAUAACCAUGGUAACCUGCUUUAAAAGAGACAGAGAGAAAAACAAAUGCACACUAAAGGCCUCUAUUGAUCUGCGCUUUAUACAAUAGUUGCAUACCUUGCAU